AUGUUCAGAGAAGUUGUAAACACGGGUCCUCUGAGAACCGUAUGCGCUGCUCUGCCUCCGGCAUUGGCUUUGUGCAUCACGGGCAUUCUCACUUUUGGCCUCAUCUAUGUCGUGUGUCAACGAUUCUUCUCACCUUUGGCCAGGGUUCCGGGACCAUUCUGGGCUUCUCUGACGCCAAUCUGGAAGCUGAUCUUAUUUAAAAGGGGUGAUUUCCAUGAGACGAUGUUGACACUCCACCAUCGUUAUGGACCAAUUGUUCGCAUUGCCCCAACUGAGGUCAUCGUCUCUGACAGAUCCGCGAUCCGGGAAAUCUACAACACCGUUCAGGCUAGAGACUAUUUGAAGACGGACUAUUAUGACGCUUUUACCGCUUUCAGGCCGACAAUUUUCGGACAACGAGACCCGCAUUUGCACGCUCAGCGAAAACGCAUCGUAUCCCACGGAUAUUCCAUGAAUGCUCUUCAGGCCAUGGAAAGUUUCGUACAAGAGCGGCUCCAGAUAUUCAUGCACAAGUUCUCCGAGUUCGCAAAGACAAAUGCAAAAGUCAAUCUGGGCAAAUGGUGCCACUUCUUUGCAUUUGACGUGAUUGGGGAGCUGGCAUUCAGCGAAGGCUUUGGCAUGCUCGAGAGUGGGGUGGAAGAUGAACAUAUUGCUCUCAUAGAAAAGCAGAUGGAGUUUGGGUCGACCAUUGGCAUGGUGCCGUCCUUGAUUCCUUACACCAAAUGGACAUCUCUGCCUAUCCCUUGGCUUCAAAACCUACAAGCCGGUCGCGAGCGGCUUAAGGAGCUUACCCGGUCUCGCGUUGAGCGGCGACAGGAGAAGGUCAGUGACCGCAAAGACCUUCUUGGUAGAUUGAUCGAGGCCAAGGAUCCGGUCACUGGACAAAUGUUGGAUGCGAUUGAUCUACGGACGGAGGCUUUUUCAAGCAUCGUAGCAGGAAGCGAUUCCACCUCAUCCGCUCUCAGUUAUACAUUCUACCAUAUCCUGGGCCAUCCCGAAGCCUACGAGGUGCUCACGGCGGAAAUCCGUGAAGCCUUCCCUCGACGUCGUUAUGGGACAGAUGAACUCCCGCCAACGUACGCCGACUUGGGCAGACUGCCAUACCUUCAGGCUGUUAUCAAAGAGAGCUUGCGCUUAACACCACCGGCAACAAUCAACCUUCCACGCUACGUCCCGGAGGGUGGAAGAGUCGUGGCAGGCACCUUUUUCCCGGCCAAGACCAUUGUGGGAAUGUCGGCCUUGCCAGUCCAUCUGGAACCGCAGAGCUUCGGACCAGACGCAGCGGUAUUCAACCCUAGCCGAUGGAUCGAAGGGUCUGGCGGUAUCACUCCUGAAGAGAUGCAGCGCUACUGGAUACCCUUUGGGCACGGAUCUCGGCAAUGCAUUGGAAAGAAUGUUGCCAUGAUGGAGUUGAUCAAGCUAGUGGGGACAUUGCUCUUGUACUUUGAUGUCGAGUUGGUUGAAGGACGGGGUGGCGACGGGGACGAGAAACGGAGUGAGAUUCCAAGGUCGAAAUCGUUUUUCUUCGCGAGGAUGGAGACUCCAUUGCUUGUUCGAGUGAAGGAGCGGUCGUGA